AUGAAUGACAAUUCAUUAUCAUCUAAAGCAGAAAAAAGUAUACCGUUCUUUAAAAACUCCAGAGUUGACACAUGCUCUCACAUCAUCAUGAAAAACGGACAAGCUGUUGCUGUGCCUUAUAUGACUAGUUCACCAUGAAAUUCCAGGAGUUUGUAUUGUAACGAUCUGAAAUCAACAGAAAAAAGAAGUCUUUCCCAUGACGUCCACAGAGUAAGGCAAAAUCUGCACGCUGGAAUGCAUUCAAAGCCUCUUGAAAGAUAUUCUCCUGAUGCACAAAGAUCAAGACUUAAGAAUGAUGAGUUCAUUAUACCAUAUAAAAAUACUUCACAGAUUGUUAUUGGAGAUCGAAGCUCUAAAUACAAAAGGCACUUUCUGACGACUGCUCAGAAUUUAUUGAAGAGGCCUUCAAUCGAGCUCUCGACUAAUCUUGGAAUUUUGUCUGAAAAAACCAAGUGGAUUAAAUAUAAAGAGGAUAGCUAA